ACGAGAGUCAGAUGAUCAGUGAUGGCCAGUGACCGUCCUGUUGCUGCUGGAUAAUCAAUAAUGACUAGUGUUGUUAUGUGAGAUCAUGGGAUCAUUGAACUUGGUAGUUCCUCUUAUUAUGUGGGGUCGUGAGGCCCCCACCCACGACAUCUCCUGCGUCCUCUUCACUCGCAGUUGCCGCACUAUUGUUACAGGGUCCCGGGAUGGUCAGAUAUGUGUUUGGGACUUUGAUCCUCCCACUCUCAAGUUGACGCCUCGUUGCCUUUUGGUUGGUCAUACAGCAAGUGUAAUAUGCCUUGCGCAAGGCGGACAUGGACGAGGCACUACCUUCAUCGUUAGCUCCUCAGAAAAUGGAGAAAUGUGUAAAUGGGACCUCAGAGAUGGACGUUGUGUUGAGGUCCUCAAAUCCUCCAACAUUCACUCAUCCAUGACAGCCUACCAGAUGCUGAAUGUGAGUGAUGUACGAUUGUUCUGCGUUGGCAACUACCCUGAAAUUCUCAUAUAUGAUCCCCACACCUUGGAUAUCCUUUUCUCCUUGGCUGCUCGUAUCCAGCCUGAUUGGAUAUCCGCACUUCACAUCCUACGCCCACCGAGAAGAAAUGAUGAGGUUGUGCUAGGAGUAACAACAGGUGGUUGGGUCAAGGUAUGGACGGUUAGUGAGAGAGAGGUGAGGCCUAGGGAGCCAAUAUACGAACAUGAGGCCAAAAUGAUCCAUUCCCUGAAUGCUCUAUGCCUGGUGUGCUGCACUUACAAUCAGAGGACUGUCCUUAUUGUCUCACAAGAUGAUUGGCAGAUAUACGAUGCUGGAGAUUUUUCUCAGUUGUGUCGUGUUGGAGUGACUGUUGGGGAGAGAUGGAUGGGUGGAGACUUCCUGGCUGCUGACCGUGUCAUAGUAUGGACUGAUAUGGGCCAAGCUUAUAUUUACAAACUACCUACAAAGUUAUUGAAGGGCAAAGCAGUUAGUUUGCUCGUUGAAAGCCGGUUUUUCCACAAAAAACAAGUUAAGGGAGCCCAAUCCGGCAUGUAUGGCAUUGUCCCCCUCAGAAUGAUGCGGCAACUAGUUAAUUCACCGUCGUGGCAGUUUAUGAUGAUUCCAUUGGAGAGCGGGGCAGAGAAGUUGCUGCUGCGAGGAGAUUGCGAAGGCCAGGUGAUGCUGUGGCGGCUGGCUGAUGUGUCAGAAAAUCAGCUACAACAGAUCAGUCAAGUGUACCCCUUCCAGCCUCUCAUCUUCCCAGCGACUCUCAAUCACUCUAUGUCAAAAGCCUGGGCAGCUAUGACCCCACCCCCAAUAGGUGUGUUGGAUCAGCUUGAAGGGGAGAAGAAUCCCCCAAGGAUCACAGCUAGCUUGUUUCUACCUCUCCAGGGCCGGCUCGCAUGCGGCCGAGAGGAUGGGUCCAUCAUCUUGGUGCCUGCCACCGAGACUAUUAUGCUUCACCUUCUCCAUGGCAAACACCAUCACUACCAUAACUGGGCUCAGCCAAUGGUCUUACGUGGCCACCAGGGUCGUGUUAACUGUCUCCUCUAUCCCCAUGGUGAGAGUUCCCGCUAUGACAUGGCCCACCUCGUAUCUGGAGGCAUUGAUUUCUCCAUCAAUGUUUGGGACAUGUACACAGGCAACCUGGUGCACAGAUUUGUAGUCCAAGCAGGUCAAGUUUUACAGCUUCUGGUGCCCCCACCUACUUGUACACCUCGCAUUCAAAACUGCAUCUGUAGUGUCUCUGAAGACCACAGUGUGGCACUGCUAAGCAUCAAGGAGCGCAAGCUAGUUCUGCUAGCAUCCAAGCAUCUUUAUCCCGUGCUCAGCAUCAAAUGGCGUCCUGAGCACGACUUCUUGAUGGUGGCCACACACGACGGAUCAGUCUAUGUUUGGCAGAUGGAGACAGGUCAUCUGGAUCGCGUCCUCCAAGGUGUGACAGCGGAAGAGGUCUUGGGAGCUUGUGAUGAGCACUUGACAGCCUCUGGCAGUGGUAGUGGCGGUGCAAGCUCGGAAGCUGGGCUUGCCAACCCUGCUGUUCACCUCUUCAGAGGUCUCAGGCAUCGAAACUUGGCUGCCAUUAGACAUGCAGCACAGCGGGGGAUCCAGCAGGUGUUGGGAGAGCAAAACAACCAGCAGGACAUCCAUGACAGCUCCAAAAUGAGGACGUGUCCACUCAUGAUUCAAGGACUCCGUACAAAUAAACAGGAUGCCAACUCUCACGUCCUCUUCUUUGAUAUUGAAGCUUUAAUUGUUCAGCUCCUGAGUGAUGAAUACACCCUCAUGUCUCCUGGGACCCUCGAAGCCAACGAGUUGAUCAUGAGCAGUCAGUAUCAGCGCAUGAACGUGCUUACUCAUCCUGCUUCACCAGAAGCAGCAAAGAAAAUCGCAGAAUUCUUCGGUAAGGUGAAGGACAAAGCUGGAGAGAUGGAGAAGAAGAUGAAAGAAAAGGAUAAACACGGCUUGCUGUCACGGGUCAAGGAAUCUGCCGAGAGUGUCCAGAACCUUAUACAGAACAAGGUGGAACAGUCGGGAUUCCGCCCUACCACACUCAACUCAGCCAAGGAUGGUAAUGGUAGCGGUCGUGUACACAUCCCGAGGCAUCUGGAUGUUACUGCACAGACCUUGCAGAUUGGACAAAUGCUGAUGUCAUUGUUGCACUCGUGGGGACUGGACCCAUCACUGGACCACACAUGUGAACAUAUUCUUGGUCUUCUCAAACCCAGGGUUCCAGUGUCCUAUGGACUUAUAUCAAAGUCUGGGUAUAUGGCACUGUUCAUGCCCACUUGGCAUCCAGUGCGAGACGCGGACAUGCCCCCAAUUAACUUACCCCCAGACCUGGCUUCAGAGUUACCGCCGGAGAUGGUUGAACUGGAGCACAGAACACAGGUGUUCACUUGUCGUGGGCACUGGGAGGUUUCUCCGGCACUUACCACCCACCACCUGUUGGCGCUUGUCUCAGUUGCCAACACACUCCAGGACAUGAAUGCUGCAACUCUCAUUCCUGAGCAGGAGAGACGACGCAAAAAUCAUAUCCAAAGCUCCAAAGCCAACCAAAUGGUGACCAAUCACGAAGAUGAAUUCUCUCGGCAACAGUCUGUGAUAAAACAAGGAUGGUCAACGCUGACAGCUCUACAUACAGUUCUCCUGCCUGACUGUGUUGCAGCUGCUGGAGCCCCGACAUAUCAGCCUCCCAUGGUGGAAAUUCUUGCCCGCAGAUGGCAAGACCGUUGUCAAGAGGUCAGGGAAGCAGCACAGGCUCUCUUGAAAACAGAGCUGUCUCGGAUGGGCGCCAACGGUCGGCAGAAACUGGUAGAGCUGUGGUCGCCUCACUUGCCAACACACACAGAACCUUUGCCCACUGGCCCAACCAGCUACAGCAACCCAGAGGCCCAGCACCCACCUCGACCCGAACAUCCCGCCACCAAGUUUUUGGAAGUACCCCCACGAGAAAAAACAAAAGGGCCCAUCCACAUCUCAAAGGGGAAACCCUUUUAUGAUGAAGAAAUGGAUGGGGAAACCUGCCGGGAAGUUGUGGCGCAGACGGAAGGCAGGAGGAAACAGGCAACGGCUAUUAUUCUACUGGGGGUGAUUGGUGCAUACCACGGUCAGGACUCUGCAGAAGGUUUUGGUCUUGGCAACCUUGCAAUGCAAACAAGUAAAGCUCUUGCAUAUCUAGUAUUAGCUCCACCGGCGCCCAAGUUGCCAGCACACACACCUUUACGACGAGCAGCAAUUGAUUUAAUAGGCCGAGGAUUCCCCGUUUGGGAACCCUACCUAGACGUGGCUAAGGUUCUGCUAGCGUUGCUGGACUUGUGUGCUGAUACUGACCGCUUGGCACCCAGCAUGAAGUAUGGGCUGCCACUCAUACCGGAAGCUGACUCGUGCCGCACCGCUUCCAAUGCACUGACACUGAUUGCCGAAGCCAGACCACCAGCCUUCAUCACAACCAUGGCACGGGAAGUAGCCCGCUUUAAUGCACUGCAGCAGAAUGCGCAAAGCUUGCAGUUAAAUAUCCAUAACACAGUCCUUCAUCGUGCCAAAACGGAGAUUCUCCGAGUAAUGGAGUACCUCAUUGUUCAUAAAAGAUGCCACAUAAUGGAUCUUAUGGUUGAGGUGAUGGACAUAGUGUUACACUGUGUUGAUUCUGGUCAUCUCAAGAGCCGGGGGCUUAAUGAGGUGUUUCCCUCCAUCUGUGGUUUCCCUCAAGUCUCCCACUGUCCUCACACCCGGCGCAUUGCUACUGGGGCAAAAAAUGGCAAUAUUGCUAUAUAUGAACUAAGAGCAUACAAGUGCCAGAUGAUUGCAGCUCACGGGUCAUCAGUGACAGCCCUCUCCUUCUCUCCUGAUGGCAAAUACUUGGCGUCCUAUUCUAUUGGGGAAAAUAAACUCUCGUUUUGGCAGACAUCAUCGGGGAUGUUUGGCUUGGGAGCUUCACAAACCAAAUGCACAAAAACAUUUUCCACAGCACCAGUUCCUGAUAUUGUACGCAUGAACCCUCAGCGGCUUCCCAAGUUGGUCUGGAUCUCCAAUAAAACUGUCGUCCACAUGAUGGCUGACGGAACCGAACAUAGGUUUAAUGCAUAGUGACAUAAACGGAAAUUAAACCAACAAAUGAUUUAAAAUUACAUUGUUACAAGUGAUGUGAUAAUUACCUGACGGACAUCAUCUUAUAUUUGAGACACUGAAAGAGGGGGAUAAAUGAUGUGCGGAUGCCUUUGCAGAUGUGGUUGAAGGUACUAUGGCUUAUAUUGUAAAGAUUUUAAUGUGAGUUUUCUUGGUUAAACAUUCCUAAUGCAUCAAGCACAUACGAAUAAUAAGUAGAGACGGUGGUCAAGUCUGCAACACUCGUACAUGGUUGCAGAGAAAAAUCUGCUGCUUUACGUGAGGCUCCUAAUGAUUUUAGUGUUGAUGCAGCAGCAGUUGAAAAGUUGCAGGAGUCCAUAUAAUAUGCCUUAUAUACCUGACUGUUAUGUUUAUAAUGGUUAUUAUAGUGCUGUCUGUCUCUUCUCUUAAUGGCCUUUUUUCACAGAUGAGAACUGAAGUUCAUGCUGUCUGCCUGGUAUGAAUAGUGCAGGUGUUAUGAAGGGUAAAUGGCAAAAAUGAGAGCUAAUCAUGUUCCCUCUCUAUGCUUUUUCAUGGAGAAUACAAAUGCAAAAUAUAUUAUUGUAUUCAGUUUGAAAAUGUAUCAUUGUAUUCAGUGUAGGAGUUUGCUAUCUUGGAUAGUUUCACCAAGAAAGGAUCGGGGGGAAGGGAAAGGGUUCUCAAAAUGUGCACUUCAUAAGGCUAUGUUAUAUUAGCAAAGUUCAACAAUUUUCUUAUGCAUUUUCCUUUCCAGCAGUAUAUUACUGAGAGUUACGGCAUUGGGUUAGUUCAUUACCCUUCUAACUUUUUUUCAGAAUGAGAAAAAGACAGGUUAUUGUACAAGAUUUGAAUAUCUAUCUAUUGAUUUUAUUCAUGAAUAGCUAAAGUGUAAUGAACACUUGUCAGUACUCACUAAUAACCCACAUGGAGACAGAAACUCAGAAGUUUGAAUGAUCAGUAUAUUCUGACCCUCUGCCAGGACCCUGUUCAGCAGAUAACUUGUCUGUCUGCUGAAGAGAGUCCCAAAAGGAGGUCAAAAUAUACAGAUCAUUCAAACUUCUGAGCAUCUGUCUCCACGUGGCUUAUUAUUGAGCAUCUUAUUCAUCAUUACA